AUGAACAUCGAUACACCGGAGCUGCUCCUCAGAGAGAAAAAGGCUCAGAAACCCCGUGAAAACUUAGAAACGAUUGAACUUACAGAGGGAUCCGAGAUGUGUGUAAAGCUGGGGGUAGAUUGGCCAAACGAGCACCGGGAAGCUAUCAUAGCUCGGAUAAAACAGUAUGUGGAGGAAUUUACCAACAAGCCAGAGGAUAUUGGGGGGGUAGACCCGAAGAUAAUCUCGCACAAGUUAAACGUGGAUGCCAAGUGCAAGCAAAAGAAAAGAACUUUCUCUCUAGAGAAACAGAUUGCUAUCCGAGACGAAGUUGAGAAGCUCUUGAAAGCCGGGUUCAUCAGGAAAGUGGAUUAUCCUGAAUGGCUGGCCAAUGUGGUCUUGAUCAAGAAGUCUAACGGAAGAUGGAGGCUUUGUAUAGAUUUUACUGAUCUAAACAAUGCCUGCCCAAAAGACAGUUUUCCUCUGCCAAACAUCGACCAACUGGUGGACGCAACGUGCGGAUUUGCGGUCUAUGCAUUCUUAGAUGCCUCUCAGGGAUAUCACCAGAUCCCGAUGAAUAAAGACGAUGAAGAAAAGACAGCGUUCACUAUGGAUCUGGGGACAUAUUGCUACAAGAAGAUGCCUUUUGGCUUGAAAAAUGUUGGGGCAACCUAUCAAAGACUCAUGAAUCAUGUUUUCAAAGAUCAACUGGGCAAGAACGUCGAGGUUUACGUAGAUGACAUAGUCGUGAAAUCCAAAAGGAUCGAGGAUCACGCAGGGGAUCUGGCAGAAACUUUUAAAAAGCUGAAGGGUUUCAACCUCAAGCUGAACCCGGAGAAGUGUGUCUUUGCAGUCCGGUCUGGGAAAUUUCUCGGGCACCUCAUCUCGGAGAAAGGCAUCGAGGCGAACCCGGAGAAAAUCGAGGCAGUGAUGGACAUGAAAGCCCCGAGCUCGGUAAAAGAAGUGCAAAAGUUGAAUGGAAGAGUCACGGCAUUGGGAAGCACACCCCCAGUGCUAGGUAGAGCCGAGCCAGGGGAAAUCUUAUACUUGUAUCUCUCGGUGAAUGAUGAGACAGCAGCGGCAGUCCUGGUAAAGGAAGAUAAAGGUCUGCAAACCCCAAUUUACUAUCUCAGCAGGGUCCUGAAAGGCCCGGAGGUCAGAUAUCCAAAAAUCGAGAAAUUUGCUUUGGCAUUGAAAGUGGCGGCGCCAAAACUAAGGAGAUAUUUCGAAGCUCACAUCAUCGUGGUACGGACGAACCAACCUCUGAGAAAGGCAUUGCAGAGGCCAGAAAUGUCAGGACGGCUGGUCAGCUGGUCGGUCCAGUUAGGAGGAUACGACAUCCGGUAUGAACCGAGACCGGCUCUGAAAGCACAAGUGUUGGCUGAUUUCAUAGCUGAGACCACAGCGAGUAACCAACCUGAGGAACCUGAUGAACAACUUCUACGGUGGGUCUUAGAAGUCGAUGGGGCAUCAAAUCUGGAAGGAUCUGGGGCAGACGUAGUCUUGAAAGGCCCUCACGGAGUUACACUCCGAAGCUCGGUGAAAUUCGAUUUCCCGGCAUCCAAUAAUGCCGCGGAAUAUGAGGCUCUGUUGAUCGGAUUAAGAAUGGUAAACGUGGUCAAAGCCGAGCACGUAACGAUAAGGAGUGAUUCUCAGUUAGUCGUUUGUCAAAUCCUGGGUACUUUCGAAGCUCGGGAUCCAGAAAUGAGAAGAUACGUGGACAGAGUCAAGUUCUUCUUGAACAAGAUUCAGGAGCUCGGAGGAAAAUGGGUGAUAGAGCAAGUUCCUCGUUUGGAAAAUCAAGAGGCCGACGUACUAGCCAAAGCAGCAACAGUGAACGAAAAGAUACCAGGAGUCCAUUUCUCUAUUCAAAAGCAUUCCAGCAUCGACAACCACGAAACCAUUUUUCUAACUCAGACUUUAGAAAAUUGGAUGCAAGGCAUAGCCCAUUACCUGAUGGACGGGACUCUGCCAGAAAACAGAGACAAAGCAUACAAAAUCUUGCGACAAGCCCCGUACUACGCGUUCCUCGACGGAGUCUUAUACAGGAAGUCAUUCACCCACCCGUGGUCGAGAUGCCUAACUGCAGAGGAAGGCGAGUACGUUCUGAGAGAAAUACAUGAAGGUAUUUGUGGGGCACACAUAGAUCCUCGCAUGUUGGCAAAGAAAGCAGUGUUGCAGGGAUACUACUGGCCCCUGAUGGUUAGGCAGGCAGAAGAGAUAGUAAAGAAAUGUGAAAACUGUCAGAGGCAUCAGAACAUCCGACAUGCUCCCACCACAGAGCAGUGUCCUAUUACCAAGGCAGUGAGUACCAUCACAGAAGCUCGGAUCAGGGAUUUCUUCUGGAGGCAAAUUGUGUGUCGUUUCGGUAUACCCAGAGCAUUGGUAACUGACAACGGAAAGCAGUUCAACUGCCGAGCCUUCAAGGAAUUUUGCAACGAUUUGCACAUUGACAUGCGUUUCACUUCCGUGGUUCAUCCGCAAAGCAAUGGGAUGACCGAAGUAACCAACCGGACGAUCCUAAAAGGGCUCAAGGCCAGGCUGGGGGAGUUCGAUAAACAGUGGCUGGAAGAGCUACCUAAGGUUAUAUGGGCUUACCGAACCACCCCAAGGGCAGGCACAGGAGACACCCCGUUUUCUCUGACAUAUGGGUGUGAGGCAAUGAUACCUGUGGAAAUCGGGAUGCCAACUCUAAGGGUCCAGUUCUUUGAUGAGGCUAAGAACGAGGAAGAACAGAAGUUAUGCCUAGACCUGUUGGAAGAGCGAAGAGAGCAGGCAGCGCUGAGAAUCGAAGCAUACAAACAAAGAAUAACUAAGUAUCAUAACAAGAGAGUUAAACCCCUGAGUUUCCAAGUCGGCGAUCUGGUCCUAAGACGGGCAGACAUUGCUAAGGGAAAUGCUGGAGUGGGAAAGCUCGAACCCAACUGGGAAGGCCCAUAUCGAGUCAUUGAGGUCGGACGAGCAGGAGCUUACAAGAUAGCACACAUGUCGGGCAGAGCUAUACGCCAUCUACGGGCUACAUGCCACCCGCAGGCUGGGUACCACCUGCGGGCAAUUUGGACCCCGAGCAAGGACAACCCCGGGCUAUCCAGAGUCAGCAGUGCUCACACCGAGCAGCUUGAUUAA